GGCGCCGAGGGCGCAGAGUAAGAGCAGCAGCACCCGGUAGAAGUCGGGGCUGAAGACUGCGUGUUCCUAGCCCACCCUCAGCUUCCACUCGGUGCGGCAUCCCAACCCCUGCCGGCCGUCGCCCGGCGCGAUCCGCGGCCAUGCAGCCCCGGGCUUAAGGCGGCCCCAUGGCAAAACCUGCGAUCCCGGCGACGACGGCGCAUGGAGAACUUCCGUAAGGUGCGCUCGGAGGAGGCGCCGGCGGGGGACGGUGAUGAGGGUGGCAGCCUAAGCUCUGGCCCUUUCGCAGAUCUGGCGCCCGGUGCUGUACACAUGCGGGUCAAGGAGGGCAGCAAGAUCCGCAACCUGCUGGCCUUCGCCACCGCCAGCAUGGCGCAGCCAGCCACGCGCGCCAUCGUCUUCAGCGGCUGCGGCCGGGCCACCACCAAAACCGUCACGUGCGCCGAGAUCCUCAAGCGCCGCCUGGCGGGCUUACACCAGGUCACGCGGCUGCGCUACCGGAGCGUGCGCGAGGUGUGGCAGAGCCUCCCGCCUGGGCCCACGCGGGGUCAGACGCCUGAGGAUCCGGCCGCCAGUCUCAGUGUACUUAAGAAUGUACCGAGCCUGGCCAUCCUACUUUCAAAGGACGCACUGGAUCCACUACAACUUGGCUACCAGCCUCCGAACCUCAAUCCUGGUCCUUCAUCCCCUCCUACGGUGUCGACGUCCAAGAGGAGCCUGGGGGAAUCUGCUGCUGGAGAAAGCACAGCUAAGCGGUCUCAGCCUGAGCCAGGGGCUGAGAAUGAGGACCCGACUGCCUGAGAACUCCCUGCUCUGGGCCACCUAGACCGGCUGGAUCUUAUAUCCUCAACACUCCUACAUCCACGUGCACCUUUCAUACCUGGGUUUCAAGGGACCCAUGUUCCUGGAAGAUUGACAGCACAGAUCCCAAGGCGACUUGAAAGGGAGCUCAGGAAUGACAAGAGGAUCCCCUGAAGUCCAAGGAAACUUUGUGGGACGUGUUGCCAGAAGCCACAGAACCCCACCUCCACCUUUUGUAGGCCAUACUGGGAUUUUUUUUUUUUUUUU